UUCUUCCUGCAAUCAAUAAACAGAAUAAGAAUCAGAAUCAGGUUUAUUAUCCCCGGCAUGUGUCAGCAAGACCACCGGCUCCUUGGACUCUGACAUUGAGUAAGAGGUUGUUGUUGUGGCACCACUCAGCCAGAUUUUCAGUCUAGGAUUGGUGCAGAAAGAGGGCUUGCCUCCAGGUUCAUAUUUAUUUCAUUCACCCAAAUUGUAAUUUCCACUCCUGUGAAUUAAAGUAACCCUUAACUGAAUGUGGCCCACUGUUAAUGCCAGGAAAAUGGAGUAAGUGGAUCACAGAAAACAAACUGUGCAGUGUUUGCCCUCGAGAGUAAGCGUCCAUGUUUUUUAGAAGUGGAACCGUACUCUCCGGUACCAUUAUCUUCCACCAGCUCCACCGCUGAAGUUUUGGUUGGAUAACUCUUUGCUUGCAACCUCUCCCUUGACCUUACUAUCAUGGGUAACUCUAUCAGGAGCUAAAUGUUUGAUGGUAUCGCUCAGGAACUCACAGAUCUCCCCAUAAAGGCAAGGUGAAAAAUCCUCAGAGAGGUCUUUACGGUACGGAUCAAGACUGUAAAUCCUUUCCAGUUUUUCACUCUCGCUUGUUCUAGAUGUAGUGUUAUCAGAAAGUGUAAAACAUUGGGGAAGCUAGAAAGCAAAACAGCUGAUGUUUUUGAUUUUCCAAUGAUUAGGAGUGAAAUUAAACCACGAAUUCCCCAAACUUGUUGUGGUGGAUUUUAGGUUGAUUUAUUGUGUCAUUCUAUUACCUGACUGCAAUGAGACUCUGUUGAAACAUAACCUUUCUUCAGAUGUUAUCUGGACUUUGAUUGUGACUUUUGAACAGGGCAUAUUUGAACAGAAAUUUACCAAUGAUCUGAGCUAAGUGGUUCCAAAACAUUCCACUCUUCUGGAUUUCAAAGUUCACCAGGUGAAGCACUGUUGUCGGUGGAAGUUUCGAGGAAGAUAUUGAAUAACUGGCAGAAUGAGCUCGUGGAAGGCAAUGGAUAAAGAGGAGCUAGAAAGACAGUACUCUCCCACUUGCUGGUCGCACCGUAUGGACAGGACUACAGUAAUAGAAUCCCACCUCAAAGAAAUUACUGAAGGCACCAUUAAAGGUCGCAAAGAAGCUCAAACUAAGUUAGAUGAAGCCUAUGGACAAGAGGAUUGUGAAAAAUUAGAUAUUUAUCUACCUCCAAACCCAGCAACAGCUUCGGCUCUGCUCAUCUACUUUCACGGGGGGUAUUGGCAGAUGCUGAGCAAAGACUUGUCUGGUUUCAUGGUGCCUCCACUGGUUAAAGCUGGAGUAAUCAUUGUUGUCAUUGACUACGUACUGGCACCAAAAGGUAACAUGGACUUAAUUGUGUCUCAGGUCCGUCGUAGUGUGGCCUACAUCACGCAGCAAUAUUCUGGUAUGAGUGUUUACAUCUGUGGGCAUUCUGCGGGUGCACAUCUAGGAGCUAUGGUGCUAUGCACAGACUGGGCAGAGUACAGUGUAUCACCUAAUAUAAAAGGUGCAUUGCUUGUCAGUGGAAUUUACGACCUCCGUCCAAUUGUCCAUACGUAUGUCAACGAUCCUCUUCAGAUGACUGAGGAUGAUGCUGUCCGAAACAGCCCAAUGGAGUUUGUGAAUACCAUGAAAGGAUUGGACAGGAGCUCGGAGAUUGUUGUUGCAGUAGCUCAGAAUGAUUCAAAUGAAUUUAGGAAACAAUCUCAGGAAUAUUACCAGGCUAUUAAGGCUGCUGGAUUCAAUGCAUCUUUUCAUGAUAUAUCAAACAGGGAUCAUUUUGAUAUAAUAGAGACACUCGUGGAAGAGAACUACAUUCUAACACAGGUUCUGCUGAAAAUGGUGUCUAAAAAAUGAACAGUGAACUACAAAACCUGUGGAAGGAACCUUAGGAUUCCUAAUGAAGCCUUUUAACAUUCUGAUCUUAGCGCUAACUACUCUAGUCAAAUCAGGAUCACACAAAAUAACUCAGAUAAUUUGUUUUCAAUAGGACAAGUUAUAAAUAUAAUGUUUGGCUGUCUAAACUUAAGCCAUUGGUGAUUAGUGUUAUGUUUCCUAACUUCAGAAGCUAAUCAAAAGAAACUCACAGGAGCCAGGAAAUGUUUUAUCUACUUAGAUUUUCUCACUUUUCUUAAAACGGGAGGCACUCACCUAUGACAUGGUGGUGUAAUAACGUAUGCCAUUCACAUACUUAUCGUGUAACCCAUAAUGAAUUAUGUAAAGAAUGCUUAAUCUGUGUGUACAUCUACUGAUGCUUCUGGACACAUCAUUAGUGAUGUUCUUGGAAUCAUCGGGUGUUUCGGGUCUUUCAACAUCAUACACCUUCCUCCAGGUGACCCAGCCGGGGCUGAUCAGACCCCAGCUUGUGUCCAGAUGGCCAGCGACACAUGACUCCGUGGCUCCCCUCUCUUGAGCCACAGCCACCCUGAGGCCCUCUCUGCCGCGUCGGUGGUACUGCGGAUGGCUCUCCUCUUCCUCUCUCCCUCGAUGCCCAAAUUGCUGUCAGCUCUGGCUAAGGAACGGGCUGCGAAUCCCUUACAACCAACUUCUACUGGGAGACACCUCGCUCUCCAUCCAGCCUGCUGGCAGUCGCUGACCAGUCCUGCAUACUUAGGUAGCUUCCUUUCAAAGGCCUCUUCCAAGUGAUCUUCCCAUGGGACUUUCAACUGCAGCAUCACCACCUGCUUCGUAGACUCAGACACAAGGACAAUGUCUGAUUGCACGGUGGUGGCUGCGAUAUGAUCGGGGAACCACAGCAAUAAACAAUAUAUUUACAAUUUACUCAAAUAUUACUGAAAUAUUAAAUGCAGUACAAUUUAGCCCUAUGACUUAGACUUUCAUCCAUACAGAUGAGUAACCCUGUCCAUGGUUCUUUUGCACGUUGAAACCCUGUAAAAGGAGGAACUAUCUUCCAAUUAGAGCACAUUUUCACCAAAGUGUAAUGUGGGGUUAACUACAAAGCAAACAAUUCUUGCACUUUUAUUACCAUAGGAAUAAUUCUGGAUAUUCCUAGAUCUAGAUGUCUGAAUAACAAAAUGAUUGCAUAUUUUUGGAAAUUUAUUUUUAUUGUAAAUAUACUGUUAAUUAAAUAUUGCAUAACUUUGCGAUC